CCCACACCUCAAACGCAAACCAUUCCACUGAAGAAGAAAAGUUUUAAAACGACACCGUGCGAGACGGUGUGUUUGCAGUUUCAAUAAUGGACGAUUACACGAGAGAAAUGAUGGACCUGAAAACCCUAGUCACUCGAACGCUUGAGAAGAAGGGCGUCCUCGCUAAGAUCCGGGCCGAACUCAGAGCCAGUGUUUUUGAAGCUAUUGAAGAGGAGGACCAGGUGAUUGAAAAGGAGGAAGGUCUGCCUCCUGCCUUAUUGGGUAGCUGCAAUGAUCGCGCAAAACAACUUCAUGCUUCUCCCUCAGGAAGGUUACUAACUGCAUUAAUAUGUGAAUACUUAGACUGGGCUCAACUAAACCACACAAUGAAAGUUUAUCUGCCAGAAUGUAAUUUGCAAAAAGAUGCUUGGAAAUCUGAGUUGAAGGAAUUUAGUAGCAAAAAUGGUUAUGAUCUUAACAAAAAUGGAGAUAGUGCUCCUUUGCUUUUGGAUGUUCUGGAAGGAUUUUUGAAGUUUGAGAAUUCAUCCCAAGCAAGGGCUAGUGGAAGGAGACCACCAGAAUCUGAGGUCUUGUCCAAUUUAGAGUCCAGGAAUGUACGAAGACCUUCAUCAUCGUCUGUUGCUGGGGGCUUACCUCCAUUGGGAAGGCCCCUUCCUGCUUCUCAAGCAUCUGAUAGGAGAGCUGGGUCAUCCAUGUCUGGUUACAGGAAAGAUGAAUACAAUUGGAGAUAUGACAGCGAUGAGCUUUCAGAUGAUGUGAUUCGAGCAUCGGCUGCACUGGAAAACCUUCAGUUGGACAGAAAAGCUCGGAAUCUAACUACAUCAUGGCGGCAUGCCGGUGAUGGAAUCAACGAUGAUGAUGGUAGGCAUGAUCAUAUGUAGUGAAGGGCAUCCUGUGUAAUACGGCACGUGUAGUUUAGUGUGUAUCUUUAAUUUGCAAUUGUAAUGUUUUAUUAACCAUCAAUUGAGGAUAGUGUUAUGUACGUUUACAUAUUCUGCCAUCUGCUUUAGUUUUUUUUUGUCUGGGCUUCCA